UGUUAAUUGUAAGGUGUUACCAGUGGAAAUUGGUAUUGGGAGACAACAGUUGAAGAAAUGCUCGAUAAUUCGGCUUGCCGUAUUGAAUGGAGCCAAGAAUUUACAAAUGUUCAAGCACCAUUAGGAUAUGAUACAUUUGGCUAUUCAUGGAGAUCUAGAAAAGUACAGUGUUUUACGAGAGUCGUGGAAAACAUUAUAGUAGCGGGUUUGGUGAGGGCGAUACAUUAGGAUUAGGCAUUAUGAUAUGUCUACGUAUACCAACAUAAUAUCUUUUCCACCAACUCAUAAAGAUUUGGUAUUUAACAUUAUUUAUAAAAUAUAUUUACUAUCUUUAAUAAUGCCUUCCCAAGUAAUACUUAAAUAUGUUAUUUCAUAUUAUGCUCUUUUAGAUAUUGAUUUGUAUGAUGACGAACAGUCUCAAGAUAACAGUCGCGAUGCACUUAAAUGCUUAAAACCACUAAUUGGGAGUUAUAUAAUUUAUUAUAAAAAUGGAGAAUGUUUUAAUGAAAGUGCUGUAGAUUUAUAUGAUGGAAAAUAUUUUCCUACAGUAUCUUUGAAUAAAAAUUG